GUCACGCCAGCAAUUGAUACCGCCGUCCGAUCCAGCCUCACACCACUGUUCACGGAUGAAAGCAUCAAUCAGAUCACGGCUCCAGAUCCGCCGUACGCAAAGCCCCAUACCCCAAUACCGGUGCCGCCUUCGCCUCGCACUACACCUCUCCCUCCCUCCGCCUCCAUCUCCUUCGCCACCAGAACCCAAGCGCUGCCCCACACGCCGCCGCAGCCCGCACGGGAGCCGCGCGCCGCACCAAAACCCUAGGUCUCCUCCGUCCCCCGAUCCAUCGCCUUCAUGGCCGCGCCGCAACCUGUCGCCCAGGCCCCCGAGGCACCGCCGUCUGCGCAAGUGGUGGGCAACGCGUUCGUGCAGCAGUACUACCUCGUGCUGCACCAGUCACCGGAUCUGGUGUACCGCUUCUAUCAGGAGGCUAGUCGCCUCGGCCGCCCCGCAUCCGCCGCCGGAGCCGCCGGCAUGGACUCCGUCACCACUAUGGAGGCAAUCGGCGAGAAGAUAAUGGAGAUGGACGUGUCAAAAGCGGAGAUCAGGACGGUGGACUCGCAGGAGUCGCUUGGCGGCGGCGUCACUGUGCUCGUCACAGGCCACCUCACCGGCCGUGACGGAGUGCGCCGCGAGUUCUCGCAGUCCUUCUUCCUGGCGCCGCAGGAGAAGGGCUACUUCGUGCUCAACGACAUGUUCCGCUUCGUCGGGGAAAUCCCUGCCCCUACCGCUGUAGAGGCGCAGCCAGAGGCGGAUGCUGUAGUCCUGUCUGUGGCUGCCAACGGCACAUCUACUCUUGCUGUGGAGCCUGCCACCCCUGAUGACCAUGCCGUGCCACAGCAGGAACAUCAUGUUGUGGACCGAUCACCACCUCAACCUGAGGAGGAGGAGGAGGCUGAGGUUUACGAUCCGCCGCCAGAGGAAGUAGUGGAUGAGGAACAACCUGUUCCUGAAGUGAUAAAUGAAGUUCCAAACAACGUGGCAGCUGUUUUGGCAACUACAGUUGCCCCUGUGUUGCAGGAGGAGGCACCAAAGAAGUCAUACGCCUCAAUUGUCAAAGUCAUGAAAGAAGUUUCAUUGCCUGCUCCUGCACCUCCUACUAGGACUGCACCGCCCAAACCAGAGAAGCAGUCUCCUGCUCUUGCUCCUGUCAAAGAUGUGCUGCCUUUUAGUUCCAACCCUGAGAACGGCAAUAUCCAAGAGCCUGAAGAUGACGCGCAUGCAAUCUAUGUGAGGAAUUUACCUCUAAAUGCCACUGAAACUCAACUGGAGGAUGAGUUCAAGAAGUUUGGUACCAUCAAGCAAAAUGGCAUUCAAGUCAGAAGCAAUAAGAUCCAAGGGUUCUGUUACGGAUUUGUUGAGUUUGAGGAUUCUACAUCUGUCCAGAGUGCUAUAGAGGCUUCCCCUGUGAUGAUUGGUGGUCGUCAAUGUUACAUUGAGGAAAAGAGGACACCUGGUUCACGAGGCUCCAGCAGAGGUGGCAGGUUUGUACCAGGCAGGGGCAACAACUUCAGAAGUGAAGGUACCAGAGGCCGUGGUAACUACGGUGGAGGAAGGGGCUACGGGAGGGGUGAGUUUAGUUACAGGUCGGAUUACGGUGGCAGAAGUGGUGGCAGAGGUGUCUCAGCACGUGGUGCUGAUGUCGGCUACCAGAGGGUUGACCAUGCUGGAUAUGCUGGUGGUCGUGGUGGCCGCACAGUAGCCGCUGGUGCACCUGCAAAAUGAGGGACAACAUAGCUGUUGCACGUCUCCUGUGUCGUUCGGUGGCCCUCAGAUUGUUUUGAAGUUGGCAUAGAGAUCCAUCAAUUGGUCGAGUGCGGGGUUACCAGAAAAGGCUGGAUACAAAUUUUUGGAGUUCCUGUUCAUCACUAUUUUUGCAGGCAACAAAAGCUAAAAAAGUGAUUACUAAUUGAGUAAUUGUAGAAUAGACACCUAUUCAGAUGUAGUUUUAGUUUUGGUCGUCGGUUGGUGAGCCUGUCAUUUUUGCAAUGUUAUGUUACUGCUAGUAUUCAUUUAUUGUGUCGAUUUGAGGUUAAUAGCCUUUUUGGGGCUGUUGGAAUAAGUGAUAUUUUAGAGUAGUUAAUACUAGUAGCUAGGGUCAGGAUUUACAUGUUUAUUUGCAAUAUGUCGACGCCAAAGGAUUCGGUCUUUAUACUGAUAAUAAACCGCUAUUGAUUUAUUGAUUGUUUUCUUGGGUUAAAGAUGAAA